CAUGCAUAUCUUUUGUUUUAAGGACAAGAUAAUUCAAUCAUGCAAAAAAUAAUAAUGUUUUACACACAGUCAUUACAAGUCCUUUAAAUGCAAGUCGCUUUAUUUGAAGAUCACUAUUUGGAGUUUGGAUUUACAAAUGUGUCAUAGGUAAAAGAUGUGCCAAGUAAUCAUAACGUGUCGGUCCAUUUUCUGGACGUUACUCACCAUAGCAACGACCCAGAUAAUGAUCGCCUCCGUCAUGUCACCACAAUGGAUGAUAGGUUUCGAACGUAAAACUGGACUUUUAACGUUAAAAGACAUAGAUAACAACACGGUCUCUGACGGAAGUAAGGACAUGUUUAAACCAACUAUCGGAAUUAUUAAUCGCUGCACGAGACUUCAUAAAUUCCAAAAUAUUCUAAAAAGAGAAAAUUGUGCGACUUUUGUUAGAGACUUUGCGAUGCCAAAUUCACAGUUUCCAGAUGCAUGGAAGGCGUCGUUCGUGUUUUUCUGUGUUGGAUCUGUUUUACUCGUGUAUACCAUGGGGGCGUCAGUAAUGAGCAUAUGUGUACAGUCUAUGUGCGGAAAAAGCAUAUUUAACGUGUCGGGGCUAAUACAAAGUAUUGCAGGUUUAUUUUGUGUGAUUGGCCUAUUGUUAUAUCCUGUUGGAUGGUCAUCAGAGAAAGUGAAGUUUUAUUGUGGAGAACAAUCUGCAGCGUAUAACAUGGAUAUGUGCAAACUGGGCUGGUCCUUCUACCUGUGCAUCUUUGCCGUGAUUAUGGUAUUUGUGUGUUCAAUCCUGUCCGUCGGUGCCGAGCGAGCCACGUCUAGUCGUAAAGUCGAGGAUGAAGUCAUCGAAGGAAAGGCCUUGAUCUGUGUCAUGGCAUAGAGACAGGAAGGAAAUUGAACUUCAGACUUUUAUACGUUCAACAUACUAAAAAGUCUUGUGUUCGAACAUGAUUUUUUACAAUGAAUCGUUUUUUAUUAAUGAAUUUUUGAUAUCAUACAAAAGUAUUUAAAAGCUGUGCUGUUAAAACAGGAUAGAGUUGAUAAUAGACAGUUUAU